AUGACUAAAGCAAGAAAAACACCAGCUCUACGAGCGACGAAGAAGAUGACUGGUAGAACGAGACGUCUCGCUCCCCGAGUACUUCCACAAUAUCAGAAUCAUCGAAAGGUCGGCAAGGUUGGUAAAUGGGUUUCUCGAUGUCUAGCUGCGCUGGCCUGCCUGGCAAGCAUUUUUCUCGGAGCCAUGAUCGCGAAAGGUUGCGGUACGGCCGCUUUAGACAGCAUCUAUCCAACAGAGCUCCAAAUGAACAGGACAUUUGAUAUCAACUUGUGA